AACUCGAAUCUUUUUGUGAGUUUGAAAUCCCCAAAUCUCAAACCUUGCAAUUGUUUUCAACUUCAAUCUCACGCAGUCAGCCUCGCGCCCUCCCCCUCUAACGGCCGACUGUUUCGCACAAACCCUAUCCCCCUUUACCCACAACCUCGCAAUCUCUCUCCACAAUCUUCCCGAAGCUUCGUUGCUCUUACUCAUCAAUGGCGAAGAGAAAGCUUGCUCAGAGAAAAGGUGCUGCUAAAAAGGCUAAGAUUGUCGAGGAUAAACCAAAGGUAGAAGAAGAGAAGCACGAAGAUGUUGAAGUUGCGGCGUCGCAGGGUGAAGAAAUUGUAAAACAGGAACCGAAAGAACAGAAGAAAACUGGGAGGAAACUUAGUAAGCGUACCAAGCCUGUUACCGAACCAGAGUACUUCGAAGAUCAGCGUAAUUUGGAAGACCUGUGGAAAGAAGUUUUCCCUGUUGGUACAGAGUGGGAUCAAAUGCACUUGGUUUACCAGUAUAACUGGAACUUUACAAAUUUGGAGAACGCUUUUGAAGAGGGAGGAGUGCUGCAUGGAAAGAGAGUGUAUCUCUUUGGGUGCACCGAACCUCAAAUGGUGCCUCUUAAUAAUGAGAUGAAAAUAACUCAUGUGCCCGUUGUGGUAGCGGUCGUGUCACGUUUUCCCCCUUCGGAUAAGAUUGGUAUCAACUCAGUUCAAAGGGAGGCUGAAGAAAUUGUUCCCAUGAAGCGCAUGAAGAUGGACUGGGUACCAUAUGUUCCGUUAGAGAAUAGGGACAUUAUGGCAGAAAGGUUGAAAUCCGAGAUCUUUAUUUUGAGAUGCACUCAGAGAAGGUCGGCGUUAAGGCAUUUGAAGGAAGAUCGCGUCAAGGCGUAUGAGUAUUGUUUGCCUUAUUUCUACCAGCCCUUAAAAGAAGAUGAGCUUGAACAGAGCACUGUUGUGCCGAUUAUAUUUGAAAUGGAUCCAAAGCCGGUAUUUUGUGAAUUUGAUUGGGAAUUUGAUGAAGUUGAGGAAUUUACUGAUAAACUUAUAGAAGAGGAGGAACUUCCUUCAGAUGAAAAAGAGAACUUCGAGGGAUUUGUUAAAGAGAAAGUACGGGAAGCUAAAAAGGCAAAUCGGGAGGCAAGGGAAGCUCGUAAAAAAGCAUUAGAGGAGAUGAGUGAGGAAACAAAAACUGCAUUUGAAAAUAUGAGAUUUUACAAAUUCUACCCCGUGGCUGCACCAGACACCCCUGAUGUAUCAGGUGUAAAGGCUCUUUUCAUUAACAGGUAUUAUGGGAAGGCUCAUGAAAUCUUUUGAUUGAUGUCACUUUGCACAGUGUUGUUGUUGCUCAUGAAGAAACAGCAGUGUCUCCCGACAAUUUUACCGCAUUUUUUGGAGUGCCACUGCUAUGGCCUUUUGUUUGUGGUUACUCAACCAUGGUUGCUCUUUCAGCCCACACAAUCACAGUACAAGGCAUUGUUAGAAUUUAUAGUAGGUGACUGAGUAGCUGUUAGUUAGCAAACGUAUUUGUACUAUACAUGCUGAGAAAUCUUGUUGUCUAGUAGAGAAGUUGAAUUUUUGAAAUGUAGCAAGUAUUUCAAGUCAUAAGUUGUAUCAAGUUCUGAACUCCAUGACUCAUCUAUGUACCGCCAUACAUCAAUUUUCACAGAUUACACUCUCGAAUGAAACGGGAUUAUAGGUUGUCA